GCGCGCGAAGGCAGUGACAGGGUCCGAGUCGACAUGUUCGGCCGGCGCCAAUCGGCUCCCCAAGGCGCAGGCGCCCCCGACGGCUCGGGCACCGUCCUCCUGCAGGGCCACCUGUACAAGCAAGGCAAAAUCUUCCCGACCUGGCGGCGACGCUGGAUGGUCCUGUAUCAGGAUGGCCACAUUGACUAUUUCAAGCCGCGCGCCACAGUUCACAGCCCGCUGGGUCGAGAGAAAGGGGCCAUUUGGCACAUCAAGGCCGUUGUUGCAGGCUCCGACCUGGGCUUGGUCCCCUGGCCCCGAGAUGCCGCUGCCUCGUGUCGCUUUUCCUUGCCCACACGUGCAGAGCGCACCUAUCAUCUCUAUGCCGAAAGCCAAGUGGAAGCAGAUCGCUGGAAGCGCGCCCUCAUCUCCCUGUCAGACACCAAGCGCCUCAUUACUUACGACGAACUCCUCCGGGGUGACGUUCGCAUUCUGAUCGAGUACGUGGCCCUCUACGGCAAGGGCGGGACGGCAGCUGGCGCGCGUCAGCAACUUUCCUCACAGGAGUACAACCCGCAUGAAGAGGGGGCCAAGAUCGAGUAUUGAAGCACCUGAUGGUUGAAGCUAUUUGCGACACGACGUGCUACAUUACUGCUUGCCGUCACGCACGGCCAGUGAAGACGAUGCGUGUGCACUGCAAGAUGCGCAGCAUGCGCGUGACAAUAAAACUUAAAGCUUACGACGACACCAGAUGCGCCGCCGGUGGUGCUUUACGUGACCAAGACCAUGAUCAGUUCAGGCUGGCCCGAUCGAGGACGCUCACGUUCAGAGUGACAUGGUGUGCAAUUCGAACCAAACGCAACCACUCUCCCCGCGCGGACGAUGCGAGCGAGACGUUUCGAGACUUCGAGACACCACCAACCGCCUGUGUGGCCAUAGAUAAUGUGCAUAAUAAAUUGACGAGCUAAAUGG